CUCUUCAGUGUAGAUUGGCUGCGGCGUCGCUAGAGCGCCAGGCCUUGGCCGUCGCUGCCCCAGAACCCGCUUUCACAGGACCUGGGGCGCGACAGAGCCAGUGGAGACCCCGCGGCAAGGAGGAACAACGAGAUGAUUCGUCAAAAGUCCAGCCAAUUCUUGGGACCGAAGAUGCAGUCGGAGCUUAAACAGCCCUCCGCACUGCAGCAGGAACCAGAGAGGGACCUCACUUCAGUGAAUGCGUCCGUCGUGCGGAUGGUAACAGGUGUGCGGACGGAGUCCGGGACCGCGGCCUCGGUAGAAGCGGAUGCAGAUCCUGCAGCCAACUUGUUCCCGCCGCCGCUGCCCCAGCCUCGGAUCUGCAUGUGGAAGUACCUGGACCUCCAUUCCAUGCACAGGCUGGAGAAGACCACCAACACUGAGGAGAUGAGGGAGGUGCUAGCUGAGCUGUUGGGGCUAGGCUGUCCUGAGCAGAGCCUGCGGGAUGCCAUCACCCUGGACCUCUUCUCCCAUGCACUCAUCUUCUGCCGCCAGCAGGGCUUCUCACUGGAACAGACGUCGACAGCUUGUGCCCUGCUCCAAGAUCUUCACAAGGCCUGUGUUGCAACUCCCUUGGGCAACGUGGAGGAAUGUUACCGCUACUUCACCAGUGUUCUUUUUUGCCAUGGAGUCAGGAGGCCCCCCUUCAGUAUCAGCCUCUUUAGGGAGGAACAGCUGCUGGCGCUGGCAGAUUAUGUGGUCAACACCUACUUCCGCCACUUCAAGCUCUACAAAUAUGUCUUCACACCCCAGGUGCGGCUGGAUCUAUCUUUGACUUACAUGGGGCUACAGCCACCCAAGCUCUGGCCAGAGGAUGAGACAGAGAAAGAAGGCGAGGAGGUGGAAGAGCAGGCAGUCACCCCACAGGAGGAAGAACCGAAAACAGUGGUCCAGCCAGAGCAAGAGCCAAGCCAGGUCUCCAUCCUGCGAGCCUACAUCAAGACCCAGAUGAGCAAGGAGCUGGGGCAGCUCCAACAGCUGAUGGAGGAGCAGCUCAAGGCCAGUGAGGAAAGGCUCAGCAGCAAGUUGAACAUCCUAGAGCGGCCCUUCCAGCUACCUCCUGGUAAAGGCAAGAACAAGACCAAGUGACCCCCCAGCAUUUUCCCCAAUAAAGGCCUGGGGCAGAGCAGCCCCAUCCCUGCCCCCCACCCCUCCUGAGCACCUUCUGGGCUCCCCUGCUAAGGCCAGACAGCAGACACAGGGCACUGGCUCUGUUGGG